AUGGUUGCUCUUCUCUCUCUCUCUCUCUCUCUUUCUCUCUCUCUCUCUCUCUCAAGGAUCCACGCGAAGAGCUCUACGGGAUGGAGGAGGUGCAGGAUGUCGAGGGGAGCCUUCGUCGUCGCUUGCGCGUCGUCGACGUCUGGAGAGAGGGAGGGCUACAGGAGGAGGGACCUAAUGCUGUCCGGCCUGUCUUCUUCGGCUAUUAUCUUCUUUCCCCAUUCCGGUUAGAACAGGCUCCGGUGCUAAUGAUACUGUACGAUUUUAUUUUUUACAUUGAAGACAGUCCUUUCGGGCGUCGAUUUUGGCAGGGGAGAGAAAUUGCUUGAUUGAACGACGCAGAUGAGACGGGGCGUUUUUAUCGUUUACAUUGUUGCAGUCAAUUUAUUUACGCUGUCUCUUUGGAGAAUUUAGAGGAUAUACUUCAAAUUCUAGUUUGAUCAAAGGGUUACGCAUUAUUAUACAUCAAUUGUUGCUCCUGUCUGCUUAUGAUGCUUUAAUCUCUACUAAUCAAGUGCCAUUUACGGAAGACGAAUUGAUUUUAUAAAUAAUUUUAUGCAAUAUUUUCCUACUAAUGACGCCCAUUUGUAUUGGCAGUUAAUGAACACGUAAAUUUCAGUUGAACGUAUCAAGUUCUAAAUUGUGGAAGACCUUUAACUGCUCAUGUGUUUGUGCGAAUUUCUUGACUUAGUUUUUGCCAUCUCCGAAUCCUAUGCUUUCCUUUUUAAGCCUCUUUUGAUCGGGCUUCUUCUUAGUUUUCUUCUACUUCUAUGACUUAGACUUGAUAACCUUGCAUUUUUCCUGUUAUGGCUGUCUUAGAGAUUUCUGCUGCAACUGAUCUGGAUGGGGAUUUGAAGAGCGCUGUAUUUGUUGAUGAUAUAAACGCAUAUAGUUUUGCCUAUCCUGUGGAGCUAUCAGGGAAGAAUGUUGUCUUCAAAUGGUGAGAAACAUAAGUAAUCAUUUCGUUUUGUAGUUUAUUUUUUUAUGCGCUUGUCUUUUACAAGGUUAUUUAGUUCAUUGAGAAACUAAAAAUUUGUAUGUCAAUUAUAUCAUGCAAAUGGUUUAGGUGCAGACUAACUGCAAAAAUACUUCAAUGUACUCCUUUUAAUUUUCUCCUGAUUUCUGAGGUAGGUGAUCAGCCAACUACAAUGGCUGAAAUAGCCCUUUUUUCUAAGCUAACAUCAACACUGAAAUUUCUUACAAAUUUGAAGGGUGGAAUCCAGAAAACCGGAGAGAUACUCAUCUGCUGCCCCUCUAUCACGUAAGUUUCAGUAUAAAUCUUUCUUUAGCUUUCCUGAUGGUCGUCUCCUCUGGUAUCGCUUGUCAAGUAAAAUAUGAUUUGGUUAUGAAAUCGUCAAUGACUAGAUCUUGAAAGAAUGCUUUCAUACUUUAGGAUCUUGGUUUUUUUUAUUAUUAUUACCCAGAGAUUUUUCUUUUGAAUUUGGAGAACAAUGACUGUUUUGUCAGAGUGUGUGGUCUGGAAGAUCAACACAGAGAUUGACUGAUGGUUGCUUACUAUGCAGCCGAUGCUCGACAGCGCAUUGUGUCUGAGCGGGUUGACAUGAUAAAUAAUGUUGUCGUGUCUGUUUCAGUAAGUUGAACUGGCUAUUACGUUCUAUAUACAAUUUAAUUUUCAUCAUGAGGCUUCGUGUUGUCAAUAAACUUUCUCCUGCUGUAUCCUUUUAUUCUUUAAGAGAUUUCAUAUAUAUAUGAAGAUUCAGAUAGCCUCUAAAAACAUUUUUUAUUGCUCAAUGUUCUUGGUUCCACUGUGAGACGUCACCUUGGUAUUGUCAUCUGAUCCAUGUACUAUUCAACAUUCUUCGUGCAGAUAGGCCCCCCCAAUUCACGUUUCCUAACCUCACCUGAUAAGAGUUCUUGGGAGGCAAAAGAUGUUGUGGACUCCAUUCUAUCUGACAAGUCUACGUUGGUAUGUAACGUUUACGAUGUAAUGAAUAAUACAAUAUUUCAUUUUUCUUGUACUUUUAUUUUUCUUCCUCAUGCCCAUGGACAUUCAUCCGCACUUUCAUCUGCAUAUCUCAGUAGCCUUGUGACACCCCAUCGUAUGACCACCCUGUGACAGCCUUGUUUAGAUUCACUAGAAAUCAUGUGCUGCACGCUUUUGAUUCAAAACCAUGUAUCUUAUCUCGAGAGAAUUGUGUGCAGCGUGUAACAACUGGGCAGCGCCUGGCUGAGAGUUCUGUCCUUGACGUGCAUUUAAGCGAAGUAAGCUUUGAUAGUUAUUUGCAUUUUGAAGUAGACUGAAGGACGGGACUCGCCUAUUUUAUUCUUAUUUAAUUUCGUUUAAAUAUUUGUGAUGUUCGUAUUAUUUUCCACCUUAGGUUGAUGGUGAGAAAUACUGGUGCUAUGAGUAUCUUGUACGAAAAUCAGCUACAAAUCCUGUGAGUUUCCGUGCAGUCUUCUUUCUCUUAUUCCUUUGGAGUGAUGAUUGAUAUCGGCUGCUGCAUUUCAUCGUCGUCAUCAUUGUGACUAUUAUCAUUACUAGCAUUAGUAAAAUUGCAUUUCUUGGAAGCUUUUAUUCUUCAAACCUUCUUUUUUUUGUGACGAUUAGCCUCCAAUUUGUCAUUGUUCAGGCUCAGGCAGCAAAUCUUUACCGGCACUAUGUGGCUUCAACAGCCGAACGGGAUGGUAAGAUACUUAUUUCCUGCUGGAGUUACGAUAGUAUGUAUAUAUAUGGAAAUACAUUUCACAAACUUCAGACAGCCCAUUUGAGUAGUCGUAAUUAUUCUUUAAUGCAUAUCCUCAUGAACUGCUCUCUACUUUGUCAAGGGUACCUCUACUCUCUGAGCGCCUCAACCCUCAGCAAGCAGUGGGAAUCGGUGCGUCUCCUCCUCUGCCUGCUCAUUAUCCAUCGAACCAGAUUAUUCAGCCGUGUGAAAAUAUUCAUAGCCAGCAGGGAGAAUGGGCAGAUUUACUGAUACACAUUUGAUUAGUGUUGCUAAUCAAGCGCGUUUAUGUGGUUAUGAAGGCCUUUCUGUGGACUAAUUUGAUGAUUCACCACACGUUUGGGCAUGUGAAUCUGUUGAUGCAGAUGGGGCCCCUCCUGGAGAAGACGGUGGCUUCCUUCCGACUUCUUCCUCCUACGGACAGCUAUGUGCCUCCUUACAAAGAUCCCUGGAGAUUUUGGUGA